AUGUCACUCCCAGAGCCCCAUAUAUGGUGUCGCAUUACCUUGUUGAUCCUCACCGUCGCUUCGUUUCUUCCCCAAAUCCUGCGCAUCCAGAGGAAGCAGAGCACCCACGGAGUCUCUCCGUUAUGCACCCUAUGGAAUUUAAUUCGCGCCACAGAGCAGUUCACACUCUUCGUAUACGCACUAUACACUGCGUAUGAGCCUAAUGGCACCGUCCUAUUGCAUAGUCCUCUUAGCCAAGGGGACCGAUUCAAUCUGUGGCACUGCGCGGUGGUCACAGCCCCGUUUCUGGCACUGUUUACGCAGUUCCUUCUCUACAGCGACCGGAAGAUCUCGCUACUCACGGGAUACAUCAGCUUUCUUCUCGUCUCAAUCGUUCCUCUGAUCAUCGAUGCAAUCUCACCCAUUGACGACGAUUUAGCUCGAAGAAUCUUCUCCUCUAUGUUUGGCGAGAUACACGUCAUGAUAAUCUUCCCGAUUCUCACUUUUCUCGGCUUUUGCGGUAUUUACUGUCAAGCCCGGGAGAUUCUGGCUGUACCUUUUCCAAACUCCCUGAGUCAGCUGGGUCUGGCCAUACAAGCUGUUGUCUUCACGCUGGUAUCAGUGACAUGGAUAUGGAGUCUCAAAUUUCCUUAUGAGACAUGGAACGGUGAGUAUAGUUGGAAUAACUUCAAUGGUUGGUACUACACUGUUGGUUGGAUCAUUUUCGACCACUUUGUCUUCGCACUCGGCCAGGCGGUGCUUCUAGGUCUAGCCUUACAUCGUUCGUCUUCGUGCAAAGUCAGCAUACGAGGAGAAGGAGGCGAGACCGAACCACUUUUGGGGAACAUUGUACAUUGA